GUCAGUCACCUGGUGGUGAAGGCCAGUAAAACAGCAAAGCCUGAGGAAAAUUUUUCUCUCUCUCACUGGUGCUCUCUCUCUCUUUUUUCUCUCCUCUGUAGGAUCCACCUCCUAUUCUCUCAACUCUUUUUAGCAUAACCUUCAAAGGAGAACGUUCCCUUCAGACUUUAUUAUCUUCUUUUCCCCACUGAGAGAAUACCUCUUAGCUGCAAGACAUUUUUUAAGUCUAUGCAGGACUUUGGGGAUUUGGUUAUCUUGCCAGGGAAAUUGAUCAUUGCUAAUGCUGGGGACUCACAGUGUGCUAAAUUAGCUAGCAGAGUAAGCCUGGCGGAGGAAGGCUUUUAUCAUAUACUCUUCUCUUCAGUUUGAACACAUUUGCUUGAAAUUUGCCGCAUGAUGCUGUCCAGGGAAGCAGCUUUUUUCCUUGGGAUGCAGCAAUUCGCUGGUUUCUAAGCUUAUUGCAGAAGAAAAAAAUAAUCUUAAAUAGAGUGGAUUUCCCCCUCUGCUUCAUUCGACCGAGCUGUGUUGCACCGCGGUAAAGAUCACCUGUCAAAAAUCUUUGAAGAAGUAAAACAAAGUGAAUUAUAAUUAUUAUUUAUUUAUUUUUAUUAUUUUUAACCGGUGGAGGCGGCGUGAUCACGAAGAAUGAGACUGAGAGAGGCUGCCAGGGCUUGGAGGAGGAUAAAGCUGAGUUUAGGUUGGAAACUAAAAGACUAGAUUGUUUUUUGGUACAACUUGCCCGGUUCCUCUCCACUUCCUUCAGUUUCGCUCCAUGGACAGAUCAACAAACCUGGACGUUGAGGAGCUCAAGAUGACACGAGAACAAUAUAUACUGGCAACACAACAGAAUAACCUGCCAAGGGCUGAGAAUGCACAACUUUACCCAGUGGGAAUUUAUGGAUGGCGAAAGAGGUGCUUAUACUUCUUUGUCCUUCUGCUGUUGGUUACCAUGAUUGUUAACUUAGCCAUGACAAUAUGGAUAUUGAAAGUUAUGAAUUUCACUGUGGAUGGUAUGGGAAAUCUGAGAGUCACCAAGAAGGGAAUCCGACUUGAAGGUAUAUCUGAGUUUCUACUUCCAUUGUAUGUGAAAGAAAUUCAUUCUCGAAAGGAUAGUCCACUGGUCUUACAGUCUGACAGAAAUGUAACAGUGAAUGCAAGAAAUCACAUGGGGCAGUUAACUGGACAGCUGACAGUAGGAGCUGAUGCUGUGGAAGCUCAGUGUAAAAGAUUUGAAGUGAGAGCGAGUGAAGAUGGCAGGGUGCUGUUUUCUGCAGAUGAAGAUGAGAUAACCAUUGGGGCCGAAAAGCUGAAAGUUACAGGCACUGAAGGAGCAGUAUUUGGGCACUCUGUCGAGACACCACACAUCAGAGCAGAACCUUCUCAAGACCUUAGACUUGAAUCACCAACCAGGUCCUUGAUAAUGGAAGCUCCUCGAGGGGUUCAGGUGAGUGCUGCUGCAGGAGACUUCAAGGCCACCUGUAGGAAGGAGCUCCAUUUGCAGUCCACAGAGGGGGAGAUAUUUUUGAAUGCAGACACAAUCCGGCUGGGAAAUCUACCGACCGGCUCCUUUUCAUCUUCAUCUGGUUCCUCAAGUUCUCGACAGACAGUGUAUGAACUGUGUGUCUGCCCCAAUGGCAAACUUUACCUUUCUCCAGCAGGAGUAGGUUCCACUUGUCAGUCCAGUAGCAACAUCUGCUUGUGGAGCUGAAGUGACUGAUUUCUCCUCACACCAGAAUAGCCUUUUGUUCCUGUCCGUCUGCUUCACAGUUCUGCUCGGUUUCCCUUGUGAUCAGUUCAGAGCGUCUUCAAAUGGUCCACAGAGCAACUUCUUCCAGUGUAAGCAGGGAUUCAGCGCCACUUCUCUGGUGAUAUACUGUACCGCUCAACAUACAGAGUGCGAGUGACAGAGCAGUGGACAAAUCAUCUUCAGCAGGAAAACUGGAUCAUAACUUUUGCUCAAAAGGGAGAAUAACAUAGGUGCCUUUGCUACAUGAAGUGAAGCACACAGUUUUAGAUUUUUGCAGGACCUGGAUAUGAACUGCACAUAGAUACAUUACAUAGAUGAAUUUCCCGGUAUCCAAUGGCAAGAUGAAAUGGUUAACCCUGUAAGAAAACUAAUUCUACAGAUUGAAAGCACAAUUUUCCAUUCAUCUUUUUUGGAUGUAAACUUUUAUCCCCAAAAUUUUAAAAUUUUGAAGCAUUAUGUAAUGCUUGCUUUACUAAAUAUUCAAUUCAAUACCUGGUUUUUAACAAAACAAAACAAGACAGAAUCCCGCCCUGA